AGCAACACAAUACCUAAAGCUUCGCUCACUCACAUCUAUUUCUGCUUCCUGUGCACACACUCCGGCCGGCCCCUUUCGCCAUCACUAACUUUUUUCCCCUUCUUCCUCGAUCUUGCCUUUCCUUCCCCUUUUAAGCUUUGAUGCACACACCAAACAAAUGGAAAUGGGCACACUCGAGCUCUUGAUCUGAAGAUCUGUUCAUUUCCAGUGUAGUUCCACACAUGUGAGAGCGAGGAGCUGAUCGAGAUAGAUCAAGCGAAGAAGAGAAUAAGAUCAAGAAGCAAGUAGUAGUAGCAGUGACAGCAGCACUAGAACUAGCUAGAUCUCGUCUCUCACUAGCUAGGAAGCUUGUGCAAGCAGUGCGCAGAUGUUACCUUACCCUAACCCUCACCAUUUCGGUCUCUCCCAAGAACCGCCACACCCAAACCCUACCGGCUUCCCCAUGCUGCCGCCCGCCGCGUAUCCGGAUCAGCACUACGCCGACCAUCACUUCUUCCCCGGCCACAGCCAGUUCAACAACUCCGAGACGCUCGAGGCGGUCCUGAGGCCGCCGCGCGCCGCUCCAGAGAGCGGCGGGCCCGUCGUGACGGCGGCGCCGCCGCCGCAGGGUGGAAGAAACGGGGCGGCCGCCGCCGGCCAAGGCCACGCCAGGGCGCGGAAGCGGCCGUUCCGGACGGACAGGCACAGCAAGAUCCGGACGGCGCAGGGCGUGCGCGACCGCCGGAUGCGGCUGUCCCUCGACGUCGCGCGCGACUUCUUCGCGCUGCAGGACCGGCUCGGCUUCGACAAGGCCAGCAAGACGGUGGAUUGGCUGCUCACCCAGUCCAAGCCGGCCAUCGACCGCCUCACCGAGCCCUCUCAUCAUCAGCGAUGCGUCGCCGGCGGCGGUGACGCGGCCAUGUCAUCCCCGACGUCGGGGGCGCCUACCAACGGAUCAGGUAAUAGGAGGGGAGGGGUUGUGGAGAAGGCGGGGGCCAGAAAUGGCGGAUCGGCGUUCAUGGAGCACGGCUGCGAGCUGGACCGCCUCGUGCCCGCUGCGCCGGUGCUUGGGGAGUACUACUACGCCGGCGGCCUCAGCGAAAUGAUGAGCAACAACGGGGGAGAAGGCGACGAUGAAGGUGAGUACGAGGAAGACGGUGAUGAUUUCCUGGACGGUAUGCAGUAUUAGCAGCAGCUUGUUGCAUGGUCUCUACGUACUAGCUAGUAACUGCUGGCAGCUUAUUUAUAUAUUUAGGUCUUGCAUUGAUCCGGCAAUCAAGCACUACACUAUUGUUAGUUAGUAUGCAUAAGCUAGUACUAAUUGUGCCAGAUGUUACUCUCUUGCACUGUGUUUUAACGUCACUGCUAGUAGCUAUUAAGCUAUAUUUGUGAUCCGGCUUUCAUCCA